AAAAAAAAAAAUCAUUAGAGUCGAAGAUGAGACUGUCACCUUCACUAAAGUUGGAACGAUACAGAGAAUAUUAGCAUGACCCCUGUGCAACGUUGACACCCUUUACUCGAUAAUUGGUCUAAUUUUUUUUUUGAAAAUUUUCUAGAUCGACGAUGUGCAAUUUGUGCAUUGUUUGCAACUCCGACGAUUGGAAACCUAAAUUUCCGGUACAAAUUUAAUUAAACCGGAUGGUUUGGUUUAUUAUAUGUUCUAUAUUAUUCUGGUUUGGAGAAUCAUUUCUUCUCUUCUAAAACCCUUUGCGUCUCUUCUCUAGAGAAUCUCUCGGUUGCUCCAAUGGCUGGCUUAUUGGUUACUAUUAAUCACUGAAUCUCACAAAUUGAUUUCGCAAGCUGACUCCUUUGAAGCCAUGGCGAUUCUGCUCAGAUCAAUUCUCAAAAAUCAAACUUUGUUUAAGACUCUCUUGAAACCUCAAUGCGCGCCUUUGAUUGUCUCCAGAAACUUUACAUCGGAAGAAGCUUAUAAGAAGCCACUCUCUGUUUUCUUCGAAGAGGCUGUUGGAUUGAGACCCAAAUCAGAAACGAGCGAAAUCGAAGAAGAAGAAGAAGAAGGCAACGAGUUGAAGAGAAAGCUUUUGGAAUUGGAAAGGAAACUCAUAGAACUGAAGAAAUCGGAACCUGUGAGAAAGAAAAAACAGAAGGGAGAGGUUGUGAUAUCAGAGCAAAACGAGAAAAGGCAUAAUCUUUACAAGUUGUUUAAGGGAGAUGAAGAGAAAGAGGUAAAGAAACAUAGUAAGGAAAAGGAGGACGUAAUUAGGGUUUAUAAGGAGCUUCCUAUAGAGAUGGUGUCGUUUGUGAGGCUUCUGCAUAAAGAAGGGUAUUUGAACAAGGCUAAUUUCAUUACUGGAGAAAAGUUGGAUAUGGGGAAUCUUGAUGAAGAGUAUGCUAGAACUUUUGUUAAGUUUGCUGCCGAAAGAUUUGGAAAGGAUUACCAGGAGAUAGCAAAGUGGUUAUCAGGUAGUGACCUGAAGAAGAUUGUGCUCUUUGGUUGCCCGAGUUUGGAAAAAAGGGCGGUAUUCGCUGCUAAAACAUUGCGCAACUUUUUCGAUAUCCAUGAGAAUAAUGUGUGCGAGAAAUGCGUGUUAAAAGAGAAGUGCAAGUUUCCAAACCAGAGUGUAUGGGAUGGCAAAACAAAGCACUUGCACUUGUCUGUUGUGAUGAAAGUCAUCACACUAUAUCCAUUAGACUUGACUCAUCCGAAGCUACAAGUUCCUCAAGAGGUACAAGACUCAGUUUCAAGAUUGCUGACGGAGAUUCAGAACCUAAGCCGAACUAUCUGUACUCCUCUCGCAUGAGUUAACAUUAUCAAAUAUUUGUUUGUAGUAAACAUCAAUCUAGUGAUCUUGCAAAUGGAAGUUGAACCAAAAAAGACUCUUAUGAAGAAAAAUCCUUCACUUCUACUUUCACUUGCAACAGCUAAGGGUACAGAUCCCAUAAGUAGUUAGUUAUGUUUUCAGCUUUUA